AUGCUGUGGCGUCCGCGCACCGGUUUUUUUCUGCUCGAACGCCAUCUGCAACGACUACUUGGGUCGGCGCGCUACUUCGGCUUUACCGCCGAUCUGCCGGGCUUGCGCACCGCGCUCGCCGCAACCGCCAAGGAAUUGCCGGCCGCAACCCACACCAUCCGCUUGCUGGUCGACAGCAACGGCCAACACGAGAUUUCGGCCGAGCCCUUCGCGGUCCAGAGCCAGCGCCCUUGGACCGUGACUCUGGACGACCGGCCGGUGAUGUCCGAAGAUCCCUUCCUGCGCACAAGACCACCCAUCGCCAAACUUACGACGAGGCCCGCAAGCGUUGGCCCGAGGUCGACGAGGGUCGCGUUGUGGAACGAGCGCGAAGAGCUCACCGAGGGUACCCACACCAAUCUGGCGCUCGAAAUCGACGGCGAGUGGCUAACCCCCGCCGCCAACAGUGGGUUGCUACAGGGGACCUACCGCCAAGAACUCAUCGAACGCGGCCGCCUGCGCGAAGCGGUGCUGCCGCGCGAAAUGAUCUACAGCGCCAACCGGGUGCGUUUGAUCAACUCGGUCCGGGGUUGGAUCAGGGCGGCCCGCACCAAACGCACCGCCUAG